AGCCGUGGGGCCGCCCUGGACUCCGGGAGCGCGUUGGUCGUUCUUACCUCCCCUUCCUCAAACGGGUCCCCGCUUCCCAGGUCCCUGGCAGGUGGGCGGGGCUGGGGGUGGCCUCGCUUCCCUCUUGGUGCGCGAAAGACCCCAGAUCUCUGCUUCGGCCCCGUGCCCCCUCCCCCGCCUCCUCCGAAGUAACCGAGCCGAAGUGCUAAGUUUGAAGAAAGUCUUUGAGAACUCACGCUGCAGCCUGGCAGAGGCACCACGGCUUGACGUCCUAUUCUCUUCGGCCCUAGAGCCCCGGCUGUUUCCCUUUCGUCCCCUUCCCUGCAAACUGUGUUCUCCCAGGCCGGAUCCUGGGUCUUGGAGGGUAGGAGCGGAAGACUUCUUUAGCUCUUACUGCUCUCCCCGAACCUCCCUAGCCUGGGCCCCAGGCCUGCUUUGAAUUCCUGCGACGCGGGGUGAAGCGACAGGUCCCCUGGGGCUCCAGCCGCACUCCCCCAGCUCCACUUCCUAUCCCUGAGGAUAGCGCCUCAGGUUGGAGGCAGCCGGGGAAGCGAGGCUUCGACCUUCCAGUCCGGGUCAGCGUGAGUUACGCCGCCGAGGCCUAGUUACCUAGUCUCGGUAGGGUCUUGGGGCUGCGGGUUCAUCUAGUAGGAUAGGGAGGCAGCACAAGGGAACGCUGCACUCAGGCCUCCCAAAUCUGUGAGACCCUUUGGGACUCUGGGCGGGUCACCUUUCAGCAUCUGCCGGGACGACAUUGUCCGCAGCCAGGACCGGGCAGAAAGAAGGACCCGCUCGCGUUCGCGAAGAAGGGCCUGCGGCGGUGGCUAGGCGCUCCUGACCUCCCGCCGCGUCUUAGAGCCGCCACGUCUACCGUGGCCCCUUCUGCGUCUUCUGGCCGCCUCUGCGGGCCCUGGGCCUGUAACUGCGGUUCAGGUGUGGUGGGAUUCCCGGCUGGUCCCCCAGAAGCAACAGAGCUUGAAGGACUGCGCAGUGGGAGUCCCGCACUGCGUCUGGCCCCGGCCCCCUGGAUCCGUCCGGGCGCCUCCACCCGGCUGUUAGCAUGAUGUCUUACCUCAAACAACCCCCAUAUGGCAUGAACGGGCUGGGCCUGGCUGGGCCAGCCAUGGACCUCCUGCAUCCUUCCGUGGGCUACCCGGCCACUCCGCGGAAGCAGCGGCGGGAGCGCACCACCUUUACACGCUCGCAGCUGGACGUACUUGAGGCGCUCUUCGCCAAGACUCGCUACCCUGACAUCUUCAUGCGCGAGGAGGUGGCGCUCAAGAUCAACCUGCCAGAGUCCAGAGUCCAGGUCUGGUUCAAGAAUCGCCGUGCCAAAUGCCGCCAGCAGCAGCAGAGCGGAAGCGGGACCAAGAGCCGCCCGGCCAAGAAGAAGUCGUCCCCGGUGCGGGAGAGCUCGGGCUCGGAAAGCAGCGGCCAGUUCACGCCGCCCGCCGUGUCCAGCUCCGCCUCGUCCUCUAGCUCCGGAUCCAGCUCCUCCGCCAACCCAGCGGCGGCAGCGGCUGCAGGCCUGGGCGGGAACCCGGCGGUGGCAGUCGCGUCGUCGUUGAGUACGCCGGCUGCCUCAUCCAUCUGGAGUCCGGCCUCCAUCUCGCCGGGCUCAGCGCCCGCGUCGGUGUCAGUGCCCGAGCCGUUGGCCGCGCCUAGCAACGCAUCUUGCAUGCAGCGCUCGGUUGCCGCAGGCGCCGCCUCGGCCGCAGCCUCUUAUCCCAUGUCCUACAGCCAGGGCGGCAGCUACGGGCAGGGCUACCCCGCGCCCUCCUCUUCCUACUUUGGCGGCGUGGACUGCAGCUCAUAUCUAGCGCCCAUGCACUCUCAUCACCACCCGCACCAGCUCAGCCCUAUGGCACCCUCCUCGAUGGCCGGCCACCAUCACCACCAUCCACAUGCGCACCACCCGUUGAGCCAGUCCUCAGGCCACCAUCACCACCAUCACCACCACCACCACCAGGGCUACGGCGGCUCAGGGCUCGCCUUCAACUCUGCCGACUGCUUGGAUUACAAGGAGCCUGGCGCCGCCGCUGCUUCCUCCGCUUGGAAACUCAACUUCAAUUCGCCCGACUGUCUGGACUAUAAGGACCAAGCAUCAUGGCGGUUCCAGGUCUUGUGAGCCCAGGAGUAGAAGGAAGAGAAGAAACGCAACUACCUGCGCCCUCCGUGGUCCCCGUCCUGUUGCUGCUGCUGCACCGCCCGCCUUCGCCUCGGCUUCUGCAGACCUGAAUUUUCACGCCCCUAAAAGAUGCCCUUUGCCUGCACUGCCGCCCUCAUCUUUCUGCCACUUGUUUGGGGGAUGUGCAGAC